AUGGUGUACAAAGGCCUCAUGGUGCUUCUGAUGGUGAUCAGUGUGUUCUGGGGCCCCAUCAGCUUCCUGACACCCUGGUUCAUCCCUAAGGGUCCAGUUUGCUGCUAUCUCUUUUGGCUGAUUGCAACUCGGGCCCAACUCAAUCCUCUCUUUGGACCACAGUUGAAAAAUGAAACCCUCUGGUACCUCAGGUAUCACUGGCCUUGA